AAUUUGUAAGACGAUCCCACCGCCCAAAGCCAUCAGCAGUCCUUAGCAUAGGGGCACACUCAUGCAUUCCUGUCAAGUCAUCUUGUGAAAGACUGCCUGCUUCCAGCUUGGCUUGGAUGUGCAACCUUAAUAAAACUCACUGAGGUCUGGGAGAAAAUAGCAGAUCGGCAGCAGAUAGGGUAGAGGAAAGGGGCUAGAAUAUGUACACGCAGCUGACUCAGGCAGGCUCCAAGCUGCUGCACGCUUACACAGAGAGGAAACAAUAAAUCUCAGCGACGAUGCAAUAAAUAUCUCAAGUUUUAACGAAGGAAACUCUCAUUACAGUGAAAUAAAAAGAAAUUAUACGUAUAUGUAACAUUUUAGAACAAAGCUAACAAAUGGCUCGUUUCCUAUGACUCUUCUUUCCAACGUUUUCUUUGAGGAGGCAACACAAAACAACAACAACAAGUCAAACAAGCAAGCAGUUUUACCUGAAAUAAAGAGCUAGUGUAAAGGUCAGAAGAGAGGCGCGAGUUUCGCGGGCGAGGCACGGAAGGCCAGCGCUGCUGUGGCUGUACAAUGACAGUUUUCCUUUCCUUUGCUUUCUUCGCGGCCAUUCUGACUCACAUAGGGUGCAGCAACCAGCGCCGGAGUCCAGAGAACAGUGGGAGAAGAUAUAACCGGAUUCAACAUGGGCAAUGCGCCUACACUUUCAUACUUCCAGAACACGACGGGAACUGUCGGGAGAGCACCACGGAUCAGUACAACACCAAUGCUCUGCAGAGGGAUGCGCCGCACGUGGAGACGGAGUUUUCGUCCCAGAAACUUCAGCAUCUGGAGCAUGUGAUGGAAAAUUAUACUCAGUGGCUGCAAAAACUUGAGAAUUACAUUGUGGAAAAUAUGAAGUCGGAGAUGGUCCAGAUACAGCAGACAGCAGUGCAGAACCACACGGCCACCAUGCUGGAGAUAGGAACCAGCCUCCUCUCUCAGACAGCAGAACAGACCAGGAAACUCACAGAUGUGGAGACCCAGGUACUAAAUCAAACUUCUCGACUUGAAAUACAACUGCUGGAGAAUUCUUUAUCAACAUACAAGCUAGAGAAGCAACUUCUUCAACAGACAAAUGAAAUUCUAAAGAUUCAUGAAAAAAACAGUUUAUUAGAACAUAAAAUCUUAGAAAUGGAAGGAAAGCAUAAGGAAGAGUUGGAUACCUUAAAGGAAGAAAAAGAGAACCUUCAAGGCUUAGUGACUCGUCAAACAUAUAUAAUCCAGGAGUUGGAGAAGCAACUCAACAGAGCCACCACCAACAACAGUGCUCUUCAGAAACAGCAGCUGGAGCUAAUGGACACGGUCCACAACCUUGUCAACCUUUGCACGAAAGAAGGUGUUUUGCUUAAGGGAGGAAAAAGAGAGGAAGAGAAACCAUUCAGAGACUGUGCAGAUGUAUAUCAAGCUGGUUUUAAUAAAAGUGGAAUCUAUACUAUUUAUAUUAAUAAUAUGCCAGAACCCAAAAAGGUGUUUUGCAAUAUGGAUCUGAAUGGAGGAGGUUGGACUGUCAUACAACAUCGUGAAGAUGGAAGUCUAGAUUUCCAAAGAGGCUGGAAAGAAUAUAAAAUGGGUUUUGGAAAUCCGUCUGGUGAAUAUUGGCUGGGAAAUGAGUUUAUUUUUGCCAUCACCAGUCAGAGGCAGUACACCCUAAGGAUCGAGUUAAUGGACUGGGAGGGAAACAGAGCCUACUCACAAUAUGACAGAUUCCACAUAGGAAAUGAAAAGCAAAACUAUAGGUUAUAUUUAAAGGGUCACACUGGGACAGCAGGAAAACAGAGCAGCCUGAUCUUACACGGUGCUGAUUUCAGCACUAAAGAUGCGGAUAAUGACAACUGUAUGUGCAAAUGUGCCCUCAUGCUAACAGGAGGCUGGUGGUUUGAUGCUUGUGGGCCCUCCAAUCUGAACGGGAUGUUCUAUACUGCCGGACAAAAUCAUGGAAAAUUGAAUGGGAUAAAGUGGCACUAUUUCAAAGGGCCCAGCUACUCCUUACGUUCCACAACUAUGAUGAUUCGACCUUUGGAUUUUUGAAAGUUCAAUGUCAAAAGUGAUGGUGACAGCCAUGAAGAAAUCCAGAGAGGAAACUACCAGAUGAGAAACUGUUUGGAAACUUCUGAAACAAACAAUAUGAUCUCCCUUCCAACAACAAGCUAUGUGAUGUUGCUAAGGUUCUUGACUGUGGAUUUGGAGCCUUUUGAUUCAUGAAAGUCUGUACUUGGGGCAUUGUGCUGGCAUGGAUUGACUGGAGAGACUGUACUUCACUAGCAUGCCUUAAAAGAGAAAGGGAGUGCUCAAUUGCUGUGUUUUGAACUACUACUGCAUUGAAUUUGGAAUCUGUGACAGUCAGAGGACAAUUAAGGUUUGUUGAUGUUUAAAAAAAAUAAAAGCAAAAUGAAUAAAUAAAAGAACACAUGAAGAAUAGAAACAGGCUUGUUUCCUGUGGAAAAGAUGUGUUCCCCUAUCAAAAUGGAGAUUACCUCUACACAAACCUAUGAACAAAAAGUGUGUACUAUUGCACAAUUUUGAUAAAAGUUUUUUUU